UCAAGGAGACAGCCGCGCCUCACUUAUUAGGCGCCCCCUCCUCUCCAUCCCCGCUGCUGCCAAACUCUCUAUCUACACCCACACACUGAUCCUGGACCAGCAGCAGCUCCUCUCUUCUCUCCGCACCGCUCCACCGUGGUGCGCCCCGGACGCGCUCUUCCUCUCCAGUUCAGGAUGGACUUGUCUCCUUCUCAUCUCCUCUAACACUGACUGUGACGCUGCUGCAGUUUGGUGGGAGUUCCUCUGGAAAAGGGCUGAAGCUGCCUGUCCACUUAUUUUGAUCAAACUCCACACUGCGGGCUCCGAAAUGGGAAUGUAUCUACAUGUGCUGUUUUUGCAGUACUAUUUCCUAACGAGUUUGGUUUGCAACGCCGUCGCUUUCGUGGAGGAGCCCUCCGGAGGAAGGUCGGACGGGUACUGCGGGCGGAUCCUCCGGGCGCAGACGCAGGGGACCCGGAAGGAUGGGCACCAUGAGUUCAGGCUCCGUGUGGAGGGGGACCCGGAGUCCUACCAGCCGGGCAGCACCUACAGAGUGAUGCUCCUGGCAACCAGCCCGUCUUAUUUCAGAGGAUUCACCCUCAUCGCUCUGAAGGAGGGCAGAGAGGGCACCACAGACGACGACUACACCGGCCAGUUCCAGAACAUUGAUGAGGAGGACACGCAGUUCAUGACCAACUGCCCCCCUGCAGUGACGGAGAGCACCCCCCGCAGACGCACCAGGAUACAGGUCUUUUGGACGGCGCCCCCUACUGGCUCUGGCUGUGUUACCCUGAAGGCCAGUAUUGUCCAGAAGAAAGUCAUUUAUUUCCAGGAUGAAGGCUCUCUCACGAUCCCACUGUGUGAGAAAGAGCGUGUGUUCGGUGAGGCCACAGAAACUCCGGCUAUAGAGUGCUGCGCCUGUGGAACAGCCAAGUACAGACUGACCUUCUUCGGCAACUGGUCAGAGAAAGUACAUCCCAAAGACUACCCAAGACGAGCCAACCACUGGUCGGCUCUGAUUGGUGCGUCUCACUCCAGAAGCUACGUGCUGUGGGAGUAUGGGGGCUACGCCAGCGAGGGCGUCCGUCAGGUCGCUGAGUUCGGCUCCCCCAUCAAGAUGGAAGAGCAGAUUCGACAGAAGGGAGAUGAAGUACUGACUGUCAUUAAAACUAAGGCUCAGUGGCCGGCAUGGCAGCCGCUCAACCUGCGAGCAGCUCCAUCUGCAGAGUUUUCUGUGGACCGGACCCGUCACCUCAUGUCCUUCCUCACCAUGCUGGGGCCCAGCCCAGACUGGAAUGUGGGGCUGUCCGGAGAGGACCUCUGCACCAAGGAGUGUGGCUGGGUCCAGAGGCUGGAGACAGACCUCAUCCCCUGGGAUGCAGGCACUGACAACGGUGUCACAUAUGAGUCACCAAACAAGCCCACCAUUCCUCAGGAGAAAAUCCGACCAUUGACCAGUUUGGACCACCCCCAGAGCCCCUUCUACGAUCCUGAGGGAGGGGCAAUUACCCCCAUCGCCAAGCUGGUGGUGGAACGCAUCGCUAGAAAGGGAGAGCAGUGCAAUGUGGUCCCAGACAACAUAGAUGACAUCGUAGCUGAUAUUGGACAGGAGGACAAGGAGGAAGAUGACACACCAGAGACAUGUAUCUACUCAGCCUGGUCUCCCUGGUCGGCCUGUAGCAGCGCGACGUGUGAAAAAGGCCGCAGGAUGAGGCAGAGGAUGCUGAAGGCCCAGCUGGACCUCUCUGUGCCGUGUCCCCACACUCAAGAUUUCCAGCCCUGCAUGGGCCCGGGAUGCAGUAUGGAGGAGCCGUCGACCUGCAUGAUGUCGGAGUGGAUCAGCUGGUCAGCCUGCAGUGUGUCCUGUGGGAUGGGCAUGAGGUCCAGGGAGCGAUAUGUCAAACAGUAUCCUGAGGACGGCUCCAACUGCCAGCUCCAGACGGAGGAGACGGAGAAGUGUGUCGUCAACGAUGAAUGCUCUCCCAGCAGCUGCGUGGUGACUGAGUGGGCAGAGUGGGACCCCUGCAGCGCCACCUGUGGCCUGGGCAUGAGAAGACGUGAGCGCAUGGUGAAGAUGCCUCCUAUUGACGGGUCCAUGUGUAAAACAGAGUUGGCCGAAGUGGAGAAAUGCAUGAUGCCAGAAUGCCACAGCUUCCCCUGCAUGCUGUCCCCCUGGUCUGACUGGACGGAGUGCAGUGUGACGUGUGGGCGGGGCUUGCGCACACGUCAGAGGAUGCUGAAGUCUGACCCUGCAGAAUGCAGCGAGGAGCUGGAGCAGAGCGAGAAGUGCAUGCUGCCCGAGUGCCCCGUGGACUGCAUGGUCUCUGAGUGGUCCGAGUGGUCCGAGUGCAACAAGUCGUGCGGUAAAGGACACACCAUUCGAACCCGUAUGAUCAAACUGGAGCCACAGUUAGGGGGCAGCGCUUGUCCCGAGACCAUCCAGAGGAAGAAGUGCAAGAUCAGGAAGUGCCAGUCGAAAACAAAGGAGGAGAGGGGGGGUAGAGGAGGAGGAGGAGGAGCAAGGAUGAGGCGACGGGGUAAACAGGGAAGAGACGGAGCGGUCGAGGAGCAGCCAGCAGGUUGCAGAAUGCAGCCGUGGACCAGCUGGACGGACUGUACCAAACCAUGUGGAGGGGGGAUCCAGGAGCGAUUCAUGAUGGUGAAGAAAAAAGCUAAAGCCGCUCCGACGGGCAGCUGUAAGGACAGGAAGGAGAUCAGGGCCUGUAACGUUCAUCCUUGCUAGGGGGCACUACUGAGCCACAGAGGAGGGGAUACUGAAAUAGAAAAUAUGGGUUAAUUUGAUAAAAAGGAUGAUCAGAACCAUUGGUGUACAGGGAGGUGAGGUUAGGGUGAGAUAAUGGGCUGGUUUGACACUUGGAAAUGGGAUAUACGUUUAGGCAAGUAGAGGAAAAAGAGGAGCAGAGGAAGCCAUUAUAGGCAUGUAGUUACCAGGGCUGGCAUUUACUUAAGAACACAAUAGAAGUAUUAGAG